GACGUAUUGCAAGUAACGUAGACACGAAAUCUAAGAAUGUCUGGAAAGCCAAGACGGCAAGAGUCUACGUCCAAGACGGCAUGGACCUCCUUGGAGACGCCGCUGACUCCGUGGAUCGCCGAGGCCAUUGAUCUCAUGGGGUUCACCGACAUGACCCCGGUGCAGGCUUCUACGAUCCCCUUGUUUAUGAAGCACAAGGAUGUCGUUGUGGAGGCAGUUACAGGAAGUGGAAAGACGCUGGCAUUCUUGGUGCCAAUCUUGGAGAGGUUGGUUAGGAGGGAGACUCCGCUGGCAAAACACAAUGUGGGGGCAGUCAUCAUUUCGCCUACUCGAGAACUUGCUACACAGAUCCACACGGUCCUCAAGUCCUUUCUGGACAUGCAGCCUGGCUCUGCCAACGAGGAGGCCGAGGAAGGGGAGGAGCCUAUACCUAGCCCGCACUACUUGAAGUCGCAACUCCUCAUCGGUGGUACGGUUACUGUACAACAGGACUUUUCAACCUUCCGCAACAGUUCCCCCCAUAUUCUUAUCGGUACCCCUGGGCGCCUGAACGAGCUGAUCUCUUCGUCAAAGUCGCCUGCGAUCCUCAAGGAGUUUGAAGUAUUGGUCAUGGACGAAGCGGAUCGCUUGUUGGAUAUGGGAUUCAAGACCGAGUUGACUACCAUUAUCGGUAAACUGCCGAAACAGAGAAGAACGGGUCUUUUCAGUGCCACUAUGACCGACGCUGUUGGCGAGCUUGUCCGUACAGGUCUUCGCAACCCAGUUCGCGUUAUUGUCAAGGUGGCUACGAACAAGACUGGUGCUGACGCUGAGAAGCGCACGCCAGCAUCUCUCCAGAUUGGCUAUAUUGCCGUACAUCCUUCUGAGAAAAUUGCUCAAACUAUCCGCCUUUUGAACUACUCUCUCAAGAACGACAACCUCACGAAGACCAUUCUCUACCUACCAACAUGCGCCUGUGUUGAUUACUUUACCCCUUUGCUUUCUGCCCUUCCGGCUCUGAAGAAGUUCAUUCUUGUCCCUCUUCAUGGAAAGCAAACUCCUCAAGCACGAAAGAAGAACUACGAGAAAUUCGUGGCCCUGCCCAGCUCUACCCCCUCCGUUCUCCUCACAACCGACCUUGCCGCACGCGGUCUUGACGUCUCUGACGUGGAUCUUGUCAUCCAGCUCGAGCCACCACAAGAUCCAAAGGCAUUCGCACACAGAUGUGGAAGAGCAGGUCGUGCUGGCCGUGCUGGACGUGCCGUUGUCUUCCUUAACGCUGGUCGCGAGGAGGACUACGUCGAGUUUCUCCGAGUACGGAAGACACCAGUGCGCAGGAUUCCACGCCUUACACCGGAGGGCGAGAUCAAGGUUGACGAGGAAGGUGCGGAGAUUCAGGCUGACAAGCAAGUUGAUGAGCUCGUGGAUCAGAUGAAGAAGAUUGUACGGAAAGACAGAGAUUUGUACGAGCGCGCGAUGAAGGCAUUCGUGUCAUACAUCCGUGCUUACACGAAACACCAAGCUACCUUCAUCUUCCGGAUAAAGGAGCUUGACUUAGAUGGUGCUGCCAAGUCCUAUGCUUUACUCCGAUUACCUCGGAUGCCAGAGCUAAAGGGUCGUACUGUGGAGU